UUUAGAUUCUAUUCUACAAAGACUGCACCACCUCCUCCACCUCCUUCUCACGACAAAAAUGAAAAGGGCAAGAGAAUCCUCAACAAGGCUACCCGAGCCUUUACGUUCUCGUUAUCUUCUGUCAUUGUUCUUGCUGCUACUGGUGUAGCCGUCUUGGUGGUGUACUUGAUCUUGUCGGAGUUGUUUCUUCCUUCUGGUGACACCAGAACAUUCAACAAAGCUGUCAAACUUGUAGAAAAGAGCGAAAUUGCCCAAGAGUUGUUAGACUUCAAACCAGGUCACAGAUUGAAAGCAUAUGGUGAAGUCCCUGGCGACAGAUGGGUGCGGAAUAGACCCGUUCAAAGUAUCAGAACCAAGGGCCAAGACGGUAAAGAUCAUCAUGUGAUGAAAUUCCACGUAGAAUCAGAUGCUGGAAAGCAUGCAACUGUCAUUUUGGAACAAAUAGAUACUUCAUUCUGGAGCUCGGAGUUUGCCUACAUCGCCUUAGAUAAGCCAGGAUCCAAGAGAGUAUACAUUGUGGAGCCAAGAUUCCAGCCUAAGAAUUACGUACCUCAUCUUAAGGAUAGUAACGGAUUCUUGGGUUUAAAGUGGGGCCCUAAGAAAGAUAAUUAA